AUGAAGCUACUAAACAAGAGGGCCGACACCUAUGCUAUUGCAUCUCAACACGUGAUGAGAUCAAUGUGUAUAUUCAUGUCAGAGAAUUCUAUCGAUGGUAUAGCAGUCGGUCAAUUGUACACCAAUUACAUACCAACAUUUUUUGAAGACAAUACAAAUACUAGUAUCAAAAGUGAAAGAGUUGUUGCUAAAAUUCAAGGACGUACCUUUUGGAAAAUAAUCAUCCAAGUUUAUACCCAACAAUCAGAUACCACUGAAACUGAUGCUGACUCUGACGCCUCCCAAAAAGAUAUUAAGAGAUUUAUAACUUAUUAA